CCUUGGGGCAGGUAGCCCCGCCCCGCUUCUCUCAGCGCCCGCCGCCAUUGGCCGGCCGGCCAUCCAUCACCCGCCGGCUCCGCCUCCGAUUGGGCGGCCCGCUCCCCUCAGGGGGCGUACGGAGUUGGGGGCGGCGGGCGCGCGUGCGCUCUGUCUCUAGUGAGGCAGCGGGGCGUUGCAACCACCAUAGCAACCGCUUCCUCCUCCGGGCCCGGCGGCCGUGACGUCGGCAGCGUUUCCGCCCGGCUCGCGCCCUCGCCGCUUCCCUUCCUGCCGCCGGAGCCCGCGCCGCGCCCAGCCGCCGAGGGGAGCAGCCGCCGCCGCACCGCGCUCCGCCGCCCGCCGCCGCCGCCAUGGCAUCUGGAGUACAAGUUGCCGAUGAGGUAUGCCGUAUCUUCUAUGACAUGAAAGUGCGGAAGUGCUCUACGCCUGAGGAAAUCAAGAAGAGGAAGAAGGCUGUCAUCUUCUGCCUCAGUCCAGACAAAAAGUGCAUUAUCGUGGAAGAAGGCAAAGAGAUUCUAGUGGGAGAUGUCGGUGUGACAGUUACCGACCCUUUCAAGCAUUUUGUGCAGAUGCUUCCUGAGAAGGAUUGCCGUUAUGCCUUGUAUGAUGCAAGCUUCGAGACCAAGGAAUCCAAAAAAGAAGAGCUGAUGUUCUUCUUGUGGGCGCCAGAACAAGCACCUCUCAAAAGUAAGAUGAUCUACGCAAGCUCCAAGGAUGCAAUCAAAAAGAAGUUUCAAGGCAUAAAGCAUGAAUGCCAAGCAAAUGGGCCAGAGGACCUCAACCGAGCUUGUAUUGCUGAGAAGCUAGGAGGCUCCCUAGUCGUAGCUUUUGAAGGAAGUCCCGUGUAGAUGUCAUACCGUGCCACAACUCUACAAGCAUUCCAUGUUUUAAUAUAUCAGUUAUGUAAAACAUCCAUUCUAGGCAAGGGUUUCACUAACUGUAGGGAAGCUGUCAUAGAAUAAAGUAGAUUAUGGAGAUGUAGCUUGUAUGUACAAAUGACCAUAAAUAAAUCAAAUUAAGGAUUUA